UGGCCUCAAAUCACAGCUGACAGCCAGCCCACACUCUCUCCUUUUGUCCUCUUUAGAAGCCACCAUGGGGCUCAGUGAUGGGGAGUGGCAGCUGGUGCUGAAUGUCUGGGGGAAGGUGGAGGCCGACCUCGCUGGCCAUGGACAGGAAGUCCUCAUCGGUCUGUUUAAGUCUCACCCUGAGACCCUGGAUAAGUUUGACAAAUUCAAGAACCUGAAGUCAGAGGACGAUAUGAAGGGCUCAGAGGACCUGAAGAAGCAUGGCUGCACCGUGCUCACAGCCCUGGGUUCCAUCCUGAAGAAGAAGGGACAACAUGCUGCCGAGAUUCAGCCUCUGGCCCAAUCACAUGCCACCAAGCACAAGAUCCCGGUCAAGUACCUGGAGUUUAUCUCAGAAAUCAUCAUCGAAGUCCUGAAGAAGAGACAUUCCGGGGACUUUGGAGCAGAUGCUCAGGGCGCUAUGAGCAAGGCCCUGGAGCUCUUCCGGAAUGACAUCGCCGCCAAGUACAAGGAGCUGGGCUUCCAGGGCUGAGCCACGGGCUCCCACUGUCCGGCCCACCAAGCUGGGACCCAGUGUUGUGUAGCGAGUAGCGUGUGCAGUGCUCUAGGUUAGAGAGCAGAAGAGGGGAGCAUAAUGUGGCAGGGGAGCAUAGUGUGGCAUCCACUUACAGCCCGGGGACAGGGCUCCGGGCAGCAUUACCCCAGAACCCAAAGUGGCCUCUGCUUUGUCAGCUCUGCCGGGUCAUGCUCAGGUCUCCUAAGUCCCAACCCACUUUCUCCUGGUUUGGGGAAAAUCUCUUUUCCGCUGUCACAUUUGACCCCAAAUCCAAGUCACUGACUAGCAGACCCUGAGCUUUGGGCGAGACGGAGGGUUGCUUAGAGGGAGUGGAGCUUCCCGCUGACCCACCUUGUCUCAAUAAAAUAGCCUGCGAGCCCUCAA